CGCAGUGUCACAGAGCGGGUGGGGCGCGCGCAGUGUGCCGGGGACUGGGGACUGGCCGGGGACACCAGCGGCGGGUUCGGGCCCGAGAGACUCGGGCAGCCCCCGGCCUCGGCCGCCCUCGCUCCCCGCCCCCUCCCCCACCCCCGCGUCGGGGGAGGCGGCGUGUCCGGCGGAGGGUUGUGGGGCGCGGGGCAGGGCUGGAGCGCCAUGAGCAGCCCGGAUGCGGGAUACGCCAGUGACGACCAGAGCCAGACCCGGAGCGCGCUGCCCGCGGUGAUGGCCGGGCUGGGCCCUUGCCCCUGGGCCGAGUCGCUGAGCCCCCUCGGGGACAUGAAGGUGAAGGGCGAGGCGGCGGCGAGCAGCGGGGCGCCCGCCGGGGCCGCGGGUCGAGCCAAGGGCGAGUCUCGCAUCCGGCGGCCGAUGAAUGCCUUCAUGGUGUGGGCUAAGGACGAGCGCAAGCGCCUGGCGCAGCAGAACCCAGACCUGCACAACGCUGAGUUGAGCAAGAUGCUGGGCAAGUCGUGGAAAGCGCUGACCCUGGCGGAGAAGCGGCCCUUCGUGGAGGAGGCCGAGCGGCUGCGCGUGCAGCACAUGCAGGACCAUCCCAACUACAAAUACCGGCCGCGGCGGCGCAAGCAGGUGAAGCGGCUGAAGCGGGUGGAGGGCGGAUUCCUGCACGGCCUCGCCGAGCCGCAGGCGGCUGCGCUGGGCCCCGAGGGCGGCCGCGUGGCCAUGGACGGCCUGGGCCUGCCCUUCCCGGAGCAGGGCUUCCCCGCGGGCCCGCCGUUGCUGCCCCCGCACAUGGGCGGCCACUACCGUGACUGCCAGGGCCUGGGCGCACCCCCGCUCGACGGCUACCCUCUGCCCACGCCCGACACCUCCCCCCUGGACGGCGUGGAGCCGGAUCCGGCCUUCUUCGCCGCGCCGCUGCCCGGGGACUGUCCAGCGGCCGGCCCCUACAGCUAUGCGCAGGCCUCGGACUACGGGGUGCCCCCGGAGCCACCCGCCGGCCCCAUGCACCCCCGGCUCGGCCCCGAGACGGCGGGCUCUGCAAUGCCGGGCCUCCUGGCGCCCCCCAGCGCUCUGCACAUGUACUAUGGCGCGAUGGGCUCGCCGGCGGCGGGGGGCGGGCGCAGCUUCCAGAUGCAGCCGCAGCAGCACCCGCCGGGCCCGGGGCAGCCGUCGCCCCCUCCUGAGGCGCUGCCCUGCCGGGAUGGCGCGGACCCGAGCCAGCCCGCUGAGCUCCUCGGGGAGGUGGACCGCACGGAAUUUGAACAGUAUCUGCACUUCGUGUGCAAGCCCGAGAUGGGUCUCCCCUACCAAGGACAUGACUCUAGUGUGAAUCUCCCCGACAGCCACGGGGCCAUUUCCUCGGUGGUGUCGGAUGCCAGCUCUGCGGUAUAUUACUGCAACUAUCCUGACGUUUGACAAGUCCCCGAUAGACCAAGCCUGCAGGCCAGAAGCACAGUGUUACACACUUCCUGGAGGAGCUAAGGAAAUCCUCAGCCUCAUGUUGUUUUGUUUUUAAAUUGCCUUGGCAUAUAAUUUAUGGUAAUUUAUUUUGUCUGCCACUUGAACAGUUGGGGGGAGAAAAAUGUGAGGUUGUGUUUUAAGAUUUGUUCAGAUACUUGUUUUCCACUGUUGCAUGUUAAACUCCGUUUCCAACUUCAAGUUUACCAGUUUUGAAUGUGUCCCAGAACAACUUGCUCCAUUUCCUGAAAGUUUAUUAAUCAAAGAAAUCUUGUCCUGGGUGUGUUUUUUCACUCUAAAAAAAUAAAAUCUGGAAUCUUUUUCAGUCUGUUAGUGCCUCUGUCACGCAACCAGUUUUUGAGAUCAAUGUUAAGUAUUAAUAGAAUUAGGAAUAUUUUAAUGGCGACGUUUAAUAUAGUUACUGUAAAUUUCUCAUUCUCUUGUAAUAGCAGGCCUAAAUGACUUUGAGGAGAAGCCCUAAAAAUGAACAUUAAGAUAUCCAAGUUUGAUGUAAUUUUUUUUUUCUGGGAAAAAAACCCCUCAUGAAAUGAGCCUAUGUUAUACAUUUCAAGUGAUAUUAGUCUGUGAAAAGUAAUAGUUAAUUUUGACAGUCUAAAUAUUUUCAGUUUUAGUAUAUGACUUUCA